AUGACGACCUAUCGGGAUUUCAAACUCACGGACAUCAUGGAAUUCAACUUUGUAAAUCUGGAUCAGUUGACGGAGACCUACAGCACCUCGUUCUACGGUGAGUAUCUCACGCACUGGCCCGAGUUUCAGCGCAUAUGUGUCCACCCGACGACCGGCAUUUGUAUGGCGUACGCACUUGGCAAGGCUGAGGGAAAGGGCGAGGAUUUCCACGGGCAUGUGUCUGCGGUCACAGUGGCGCCGAUAUUUCGUCGUCUUGGCUUGGGAGAGGCACUCAUGAAGGAGCUCGAGACCACAACGUCACUUGUUCACAAUGCGUACUUUGUGGAUUUGUUUGUGCGGCAAAGCAACAAAGUCGCUCAAGAAAUGUACCAUAAACUGGGAUACAUUGUCUACCGGCGCGUGCUUGGUUACUACCGAGGCGAUGGCCCCAAAGGGACGUUUAAGGGUGAUGAAGAUGCACUGGAUAUGCGCAAGGCCAUGCCUCGUGACAGGGAGCGAGGGAGGAGUAGCGUGAUUCCUCUUGCUAAACCCAUCAAACCCGAGGAGUUGGAGUGGAACUAA